AUGCGCCCCACGAGCUUGCCGACGCCAACCAUGGACGACCCACCGUCUUCACCAUCAGUGAAGUGCGAUAUGGGCAUGCCCACAGGCAAUACAGACCUCUCCCUAUCUCCGGUGAACAUGGACGAUGCCUCGCCAUCCUCGCCAUCAGCAGUGUCCACUUUGCAUCUAUCCACAGCUUCGACGCUGGUCCUCCCGAGUUUACCGCCGACCGACGCUGUAGAGUAUCACAAUCGCUGUCGGCCGUUCGCCCAAACCAACCGGUUCAUUCUCCAAAAAGGUGACAAGACGUUUAUGAUGUCCGAUCGUGGGGCUCGGGGCGGCUACGUGCCAAUGUCUCCGACCGACCGACCGCUUUACCAUCGCCGGUACACUAUCGACGUGAACACCUGUGGUUGGUCAAAACAAUUUUCUCGUCUUCGUUUUGAGUGGGCAGCUCUACUAGAGGAUGACUGUUCAAUGCCAUCAGUGCCAGCGGUGGAGUUCGUUCUGUUUCCGGGGAAAUGGGUUGAAUUGGAGCCUCCCGCCUUUCGGGAGCCCAUCCUCAGUCUUCCCAAUCCGUGCCGCUUCCAAGAACUCGCUCAAGCCAACUUCAGUCCUCCGAUAGACGAAGAGAUAUAUCUCCAACUGGAUGAAUCGUCGCUGCAGAACGACGAAUUUCAUAUGAUCGUUGAUCUGCAAAGCUGCAGUUGGUUCCGCGACAAUAUACUCAACGUCGCUCUUGAGAUGUUGUCUAACCAAUUCUCCUGUAAGGCCCGAAGGAUUGAGAUCGCUAACUCGAUGGUCUCGCAAAUUCUGUUCAGGGUGGGCUACGGUGGAGAUGUGGACAACAACAACUUCGUCCAUUACGCAGAGGAAAAGCGGCGAUUUGAGGACAAAGACUGGAUCUUCUUCCCCAUCAAUGACGGUUUCGCAUCGGAUGAUUCAACACAGGUCUGCGGCUCGCACUGGUCCCUCGUUGCUAUCAACCGUCCGGACGGUCUGGCUCACUACAUCGAUUCAAUGUCCAACGAGGGCAACAAUAAGCAAGCCCUGAUUGGCGCAUGUGUUGCUGAAGGCCUUGGAAACAUCCUCGAAGAGCGUUACGCUUUGUACAUUGAAGAGUACGCCCCCGACCAGUAUGCCGACAACCAGUGCAAGAGCGAUUUAGGCCCGUGUGGACCCUUUGUUGUCGUCAUGAUCUUCAAGUACCUUAACCUAAUCACGGAGCAUCAGGAUGAGGGAACAGAGGAAUAUAUAGACCUCAGUAUCCCAGAAAGCUUUGUAUCUGAGGCAUGGCUCUUUAAUUCCCAAAGGGUCCGACUACACAUUCGAGAGAUGAUUGCGGAAGAGCAAUGCCGGCAGGAAACUCGGCGAACAGCCGCCGAGCAUGACUUGGUUGCUCUAGAGGAGUAG